AACUUUCCCCCUCUUGCGUUGCAUAAUGCAAAUAGUCCAUAGUGAAACUUCCAACCUCUCCUCACCUAACCUACCAUUCAUCCAAUUCUUCUUCCAUAUUCCCUUAUUCCCAUGUUGUUUUGAUGUAUGCUUUCUCUCUAAACAUGGUGCUGCAUCACAGAAAGCUUUUAUUGUUUCCACCACCACCACCACCACUCUGUAGAAGUGCCUGUCCUGAGAAAUUUAAUGACCCUCUACCCCCACCUAACUCCCCAGAUGAUUAUUUGACCCAAAGUCCCACCAAAAACAUCAAAAUCUCCAAAUACUUGAUCAUAAGUUUCUCCAUUGUAGCAACCGCUUUCAUUGUCCUCAGCUUCUACGCCAUCUACGCCAAAUUUUUCUCUCCUCGGAACAGGUCAAUACGAAGAACACUAUCACGCCCAGAAACAGAACAAGAUUUCUUGGACGAGGAAGAACAACAACAACAUGGUCCUGUCGUUGACCACCCCAUCUGGUACAUCCGCACCACCGGUCUCCAACAAGCAGUCAUUACCGCCAUCACCGUCUGCAAAUACAGAAAAGAUGAAGGCUUGAUUGAAGGCACCGAUUGUUCCGUUUGCCUGAGCGAGUUUCAAGAAGACGAAAGUCUCAGGCUUUUGCCAAAGUGUAACCACGCUUUUCAUUUACCUUGCAUUGACACGUGGCUCAGAUCACACACCAAUUGCCCCAUGUGCCGUGCUCCCAUCGUCACUGACCCCACAAGGGUUCCUUCCAUGGACCCUACUGCGUUUGAAGCAAGUUCUUUUGUGGAGGAGGUUUUGGAAAAUAGUGUGGAAGAUGCUCAAAGCAGUAGUGAUGAUUUGGUGAGGAAUGAGGAAGAGGAAAGAGUGCAAGAAGGUGAAGUGUGUGAAAAUGAGAACUUGGCUGUGACUGUGCAGCCGAGAAGAUCGGUGUCUUUGGAUUCUUCUUCUGCUGCUAAGAUCAGUCUUGCUCUUGCAACUGUUGUGUCAGGGGAUUCUCAUGGGAAUCAUUCAAAGAGGGUUGUUGGGAAUGUGAAUGGGAAUUUGUCAACUAAAGGUGGUUCUUCUUCUUCUUCUUCGUCUAGUUCGGUGAAGAGGUCACGAUCAUUCAAUGCCAAACACUUGCUAUCAUGGUAUAGCCGUAGUCAGAGAAAGCCAAAUGCUCCUUUGAGAAGCUUCUGAUUGAUUUCGAGUUGGAACCCAGCCUUAGGUCGGUUCUAUGAAAAAUUAUUAGGUGGUCUGACACCAUUACUAAGUAUCUAUAGUCUCGAUACUCCAUCAAUCUCUAUGUAACAUAUGUCUAAGUUUUUUCAAUUUACCAGAAAGAAUUAAUAAAACUCAAAUAUAUGUUAUACAGAGAUAAGUGAAGAUUAUGAUGGUCAUGGACCAUCCUAAUAAUUUCUCUGAUUCUUGCUAACUAGAGUGUCUUUUGAACUCUCAACAAAGGUGAGGGUUUGAAGGGUUUAUGUGUGAAUUGAUGUAAUAGGUCAUGUGAUGAUCAAGUGUAUAUAAAGUAUGAUAGCAAAACAAAAAGGUUAUGAAUGAAUUGAAGACUGAUAUCCUUGCCAUUUUGGCUGAUCAUAAGGUACC